AUGACAAACGGCUCCGUCCUCAUAACCGGCUGCAGCGACGGCGGCAUCGGCUCCGCCCUCGCCCUUGCCUUCCAAGCAAAGAACUACCACGUCUUCGCAACAGCACGCAACCCCUCCAAGAUGACCGCUCUCCACAACAUCCCCAACAUCACCCUCCUCACCCUCGACGUAACAAACCUUACACACAUCACCACCGCCGUAGACACAGUCCGUAACGCAACAGCCGGCUCCCUAACCUACCUCAUCAACAACGCCGGCCGAAACCACUUCAUGCCAGUGCUGGACGAGGACCUCGACGCCGCGCGCCGCAUCUACGAGACGAACGUCUUCGGCCCACUGGCGAUUACCAAGGCAUUUGCGCCGCUGGUGAUCAACGCGCGGGGGAGCAUGGUGUUUAUCACGUCGAUUGCGGGCGCUUCCAAGCGCUCCCUGGAGAUCAUCGCCGAGACGCUCCGGCUGGAAAUGGCCCCCUUCAACGUCAAAGUCCUGUCGAUUGUUACUGGGGCGGUGAGGACGAACGGGCAGACGUAUUUUGAUGAUCUCAGGCUUCCUGAGGACUCGCUGUACAAGACUGUCGAGGAUACUGUGGUUGCGAGAGCGGGCGGCGAGGAUGGGGCGACUCGGAUGACCGCGGAGGAGUAUGCGGCGCGGGUUGUCAGGGCGAUCACGGCGGGGCGGCAGGGGAAAUUCUGGUGUGGGAAUAUGGCUGGGAGUGUUUGGUUUGGCUCGACAUAUUUGCCGCAGAGGAUUAUGGAUAUUGGUUUGGUGAAAGGGACGGGAUUGGAUGAGUUGGGGGGCGAUGCAAAGAAGGAUUAG